AGGGUGUGAGGUUGGUGUGAGGAUCGGAGCUUUCCCUGGAUCUCUGGUGCGGGGAUUGCGUCCCGGGACUGUCUCUGCAGCUUACGGAGAUGAGAGCGGGUCCGGGGCUUGAGUGGGGGGCGGCCAGCCCCGAAGUUUGCCUUCCAGCUGCCCCGACCUUUAAUGAACAAAGUUAUCCGAGGGCGGCUGUCGGGCUGGAGGUGCUGGGCUGUGCUGGGAGUGGGCUGCGUGCCAGCCGGUCUGCGACGGAGCUGCGCAAGGAGAAGUCGCGGGAUGCGGCGCGAUGCCGGAGGAGCAAGGAGACCGAAGUGUUCUACCAGCUUGCCCACACCCUGCCCUUCGCCCGGGGGGUCAGUGCCCACCUGGACAAGGCCUCCAUCAUGCGCCUCACCAUCAGCUACCUGCGGAUGCACAAGCUCAUCACCUCGGAGGAGUGGCGAGGGCAGCCGGAGCAGGUGGACGCCUGUUACCUGAAGGCCCUGGACGGUUUCGUCAUGGUGCUGACGGAGGAGGGCGACAUGGCUUACCUGUCGGAGAACGUCAGCAAGCACCUGGGGCUGACCCAGCUGGAGCUGAUUGGACACAGCGUCUUCGAUUUCAUCCACCCCUGUGACCAGGAGGAGCUGCAGGAUGUGCUGAGCCCCCGGCAGGGCUUCUCUAAGAAGAAGGACGUGAAGACCGAGCGCAGCUUCUCCCUGCGCAUGAAGAGCACCCUGACCAGCAGGGGGCGCACUGUCAACCUCAAGUCGGCCACCUGGAAGGUGCUGCAUUGUGCUGGCCACUUGCGGUCCUACACCCCGGUGCGGGAGGGCCCGGAGGAGGGAGAGGAGGGGUACGCGGAGCCCCCCCUGCGCUGCCUGGUGCUGAUCUGCGAGGCCAUCCCCCACCCCGCCAACAUCGAAACCCCCUUGGACAGCAGCACCUUCCUCAGCCAGCACAGCAUGGACAUGAAAUUCACCUACUGUGACGAGAGGAUCGCGGAGGUGGCGGGGUACACGCCCGACGAGUUACUGGGCUGCUCCAUCUAUGAGUACAUCCACGCCCUGGACUCCGAUGCCGUCAGCAAGAGCAUCCACACCCUGCUGAGCAAAGGGCAGGUGGUGACGGGCCAGUACCGCUUCCUGGCCAAGAGCGGGGGCUACCUGUGGGCCCAGACGCAGGCCACUGUUAUCUCCAACAGCAAGAACUCCCAGCCCGAGAGUGUCGUCUGCGUCCACUUCGUCCUCAGCCAGGUGGAGGAGACGGGCGUGGUUCUGUCGCUGGAGCAGACCGAACGCCAGGGUGAGGGGCGGCGCCUGCCCCCGGAGCCCGACCCUGCCCGCCAGGCCAACGGGAGCCCCGAGGAACCAGAGCCAGACACUGGGGAGACCAUCCUCAACCUCAGCUUCGAGCGGCACGGCCCCCGGCUCCUGGCCUUCCUGCGCCCGGCCCACGUGAGCGAGGGGGAGCUGCAGCGUGACCCGCGCCGGUUCUGCAGCCCCGACUUGCACCGGCUGCUGGGGCCCAUCUUCGACCCGCCUGGAGCCCGCGCCAACGGGGAGGGGGCCCCGCGGGCACGGUCCUCCCCCCGCCCGCCCGAGGCCGGCUUGCCGCCCCAGGACUCUGCCAAGAGUGCCGCCCCGGCCGAGCUGCUCUUUGACGUGGAGAACGUUCAGAAGCUCUUCGCCUCCACCCAGGAGGCCGUGGAGACGGCACUGCAGGAUUACGAAGGGUUCGACCUGGAGAUGCUGGCUCCAUACAUCUCGAUGGACGACGAUUUCCAGCUCAGCAGCACCGACCAGCCCCCAUGGCUGGCCGAGAAACGGGGUGAUCCUGCUGCGACCAGGGGAACAGGUCCCCCGCCACCACCUGCCUCGCCCCCAUUGCGUCCUCGCUCCAGCAGCUUCCAUGGGGUGUCUGCUCGUGAACCUGACCUACCCGGCCUGCCCCGCUGGGGCAGCGAGACCAGCCUGAGCCAACCCCGGUCCCUCCAGCCCCCAGAGGAGGAGCCCAUGGAGCUGGAAGGGCCUGCGUCGCCACCGACAGCGCCCCUAGGGGUCAACCACAGGGAUCACCCAGCCUCACACCUGGGGGCUAGGAAGAGGGCCUUGGAGCUAAACCUGGAGGAGGAAGGGGCUGACUUCCUGGAGGCGGCGCCCCUAAAACGUGCCCAUGGCUCCGAGCCCGACAGCUUCCUGCUGCCUUCCCUUAACCUGGGUUUCCUGCUGAGUGUGGAGGAGGGGCUGAACGCCGGGGGCCCCCGGGGCAGCAUGGUGCUAGGACGGAAGCUGCUGGCCCUGGAGGAACCAAUGGCCCUGCUGGGCGACAUGCUGCCCUUCGUGGUGGAUGGUCCAGCGCUCUCCCAGCUGGCCCUGUACGACGGUGAGGAUGAGGCCUUGGAACAGAGUGGCGGGCACUUCCAGCCGGGCGAAGAGCUCCUGGGGGAGCUGGACCAGGCCACCUGAUGGGUCG